AUCAACAACACCGUCAUACCUGCCCCCCCCCCCUCUACCCGACUGGCCAUGUUCUCGCCAGCCGUUGGCAGAGUCGCUCGCUCUGCAAACACCUUCUCUGCUGUGCCUUUUGCCGCGCUAAAUGCAUGCGCCCGCUCUGCGCUGAGCACAAACAGUGCACCGCAACAACCUCUCCGGCCGAGUCACCAGCGCCGCUACUCGUCGUCCAAGCCCUCGACCCCCGCAAACAACAAGAAGAAGCCCGCCGAGUUAGAUCAGAAUGCUACAGCAGAACUUCAGGGUGCAGGACAGAAGACAAAGGGGCAGAAGAAGCUGAAACAGCCAUCGACUGCGACCUUGGGCAAUAAUGUGCCUUUUGUGCCGCCGACCAACCACCUCCGGGAAGAUGAUGUCAAGUUGUCGGCUUUCUUUGGUCUCCACCGCCCCAUUUCUAUUUCGCGCGCGUUCCCCAACUCGACCUCGACCGCCGAAUUUGACGCCUUCUUCGAUGUAAACCGAGCUAGUCAGGUCCAGAGGAUAGAGGCAACCAAGGACGUACUCGGCGGAUUCCUCGAGCGCAUGCACGCCGAGAUUGAUGCGCAGGAGGAGCAACGAGCCGAUGCGACACAGUCAGAGCAGCAGGUAUAUCACCUUGAUGUUCAGCCGACACAACACAGUGUAGAGAGUUGGGCAGCUCGUCUCGUUCCCUUCCAGCCGCCGGCGCCACCCGAGCCGUACAACCCCCUGGCAACGGAACCUGAGACUGAUUCAUACUCGGCUGAGGGUCUCUCAGCUAGCAUUAAUCAGCGUAUAACUGAAGUCACGUUACCUUCAGAAGAGAGCAAACCAAGCAGCUUCCGGCAACAUGUUGCAAAACGAAGAUUUGGAAUGUAUCUGAUUAGUGUAAAGAGGCAAAGGAAGCUCAAGAUGAAGAAGCACAAGUACAAGAAGCUCAUGAAGAGGACGAGGCUGUUGCGGAGGAAAUUGGAUAGGACAUAGUGAAUGCUUGAUGAUGACGGUGUAGACACUGCAACCUCGGGCCGUGGAGCCGAAUGAUACGGACUUUGUAUACUACAGCCAGGUUGCCAAUAAGUAUCGACGGUCGAACGCGCAAGCGUACACCGGCACAGUGCAGUCCGAGGCCAUGCGCCCAGCUUACUGACGACCCCUGGCCCCCUUGGGAUUCGCUUAACAUCAGAUACCAUGAACAUAGUAUGUACUCGACUCACGUCUUGACUCCUGGGCAUGUUUUCAGGACUAUUGGGUAUAGCAGUAAUGUUUUGGUCGCAUUCAGCG